UGUUGAUCCGAUUAAAAUGUCAAAUGUGCAAGUUCUCACUUCUCAUUCCUCGUUCCGACGCACCAGCCAGCCGUAGUGGACCUUUGCGAAUGCCACCGUUGGUCGAUAUUGACAGUUGACACUGAGAAGUUUAUGUGACAGCUCGACCGAUUGCCAGAGUUUAGCUGUUCUGUACGUGUUCAGACGACAGUUCGGUGCUAAAAGGUCUCCUCCUAUUGGAAAUACCUACAUCGAACAUGGCAAACAACGCCAGCAGCUCAUCCAACAGUCUAGUGCCCGUGGUCGUGCCGGAAUCUGUUAGCCAAGAUGUUAACGGCAAGCCGUCGGCAGGCUUGGAAAACCCAUCGAGUGUUCGCAACUUAAAGGAUUUGUUGAAGAUGACCACGCAGAUGGUCAACGCCGAAACUGACAACUUUGGUUCUACCGAUAUGGAAUCGAUCGAAGAGAAAAGAAUAUUUCUCAACAAUGUACUAUCAACAAUAUCUGUUAACGUGCAGGAAGAAAUGAACAACUCGAUAAACCUAUUAUUAGACACCAACAAGAGCGUAGAAGAACAUGAGUACGCAUUUGAUGUUAUUGAAGAGUAUACCGACAAUAUUGACUAUGCCAAUGAUUUUCAAAAACUUGGGGGUUUUCAAGUAUUCACUCCUGGAUUAAAGUCACAACAUUCGACCGUUCGAUGCAAAACAGCUGAAUUAAUUGCAACCUUAGUGCAACACAAUCCAUAUUGUCAAGACAAGUUUAUGGAGGAACCUAGUUAUAUAAAUUUAUUGAUGAGUUUAGUAAAUACAGACCCCGUGGACGAUGUGCGUGUUAAGGCUUUACACGCCUUAUCUGGUCUUGUCCGACACAAUGUAUCGGCCUUUUGGAAGUUCAUUGAUUUGGGUGGCAGCAAUUUGAUUUUAGAAGCCUUAAAAUCGUCGUGUAAUAAAUUGAAAACGAAAGCUGCGUUUUUAGUGUAUUCUACUUGCCAUAUGGGCAAUGACGUUGCCGACAUGUUUGUGGCGAAGGGGCUCGUUGAAAUAUUGUGUCAGAUAAUUGUCAAUAUGGAAUCGCUGGACGACAAUUACCAUGAGUUAUUUUUGUCGGCUCUAAAUCAGCUGCUUCGCAUGUCGCCAGUCAAAGUCAAAGACAUAUGUGUUAAAGUAGAAAAUUUAAAUCAAGCGUUAUGCAAACUACGAGAUUCAUAUCCAGACGAUUCAACUCAUCAGGAUGAAAAAGAUCAAAUUCUAUGGCUUUUGGAAACUCUUACUUUAUAAAUAAUAAUUAUUUUUAUAUAUAUAUAUAUAUACAAAUUUUCUUUUAUCACAUUUUUGUAAUAAAAUCUUUCAUUAAAAAAAAACAAAAACUAUUAACAUAUUUAUUUAAUUGUAUUAGACUUUAUUCGACUUAUGUCCCUACAUCAUUCCUGUUGGCGUAAUGUAUUUUUUUAAUUACAAUGUGACUAUUAUUAUUUUUAAGGACAAUUUUAUUUUUAUAAACACAUAUUGUACUGGCAAAAAAAUUUGAUUAAAUAUUUUA